AGUGCGAGUGCGGACUGAAGAAAGACUUCUGGUUUGGUGCAAUUACAUUGGCGCCGUCUGUGGGAAUCGAACUGAAAGUUUGCUAGUUGCUCUUCCACCAUGGUCUACACUCGAUCAGUCAGAGCUGGUAAUUCAUCUCUGCCUCCUGGGCAAGGUCAACCCCCCAACAACCUCCCACCUCAGCUCCCACCUCAGCUCCCACCUCAGUUUCCACCUCAGGUCCCAGUUAUGUUCCCUCCUGUUGAUCAUGCAGAAGGAGGAGAUGAAAACCAACCUCAUGCCUCAGCUCAUAACUCAGCUUCUAUUGCCAACCAAGAUGUAGUGACAGCUCAGCUUGCUGCCAUGCAGCAGCAGUUUGGUGUUUUUCAAUUGGUAUUGGCUCAACUUUUAGCUAGAAACAACCCUGGUGAUCCCCUCAUUAACUUACUCAACCCUGCUCAACAACCCCCAGCCCCACAACAGAACCCUCAACCGGUUCAACCCGCUCCUGCCAUUAGCGAGUCUCAGGCUCAAUCCCACGUUGCACCCGCUCAACAACCUAUCCCUGAUGAUGUUACUCGCCGCCUUGAUAGCUUGGAAAAGCUAGUAGCUGAACACCGAGGUGCUCCACCCCCACACCAUGCUGCUGAUUCUAUACCUCACCCACUGAAUACCAACAUUACUCUGGAACCCUAUCCUUCUGGCUUCAAGAUACCACAACUGGAGACUUAUGACGGGACGAAGGAUCCCGAUGACCAUCUACAUGCUUUCUAUUCCUGCAUGCAAGCUCAGAACGCCUCUGACGCGUUGAUGUGCAAGAUCUUCCCCUCUACUUUCCGAGGUAACGCCCGAACUUGGUAUUAUAGUUUGCCUCCGAGGUCAAUUAGCUCGUAUACAGAAAUGGCAUCUGCCUUUGCCACUAAGUUUUCCAGCAGAAGGCUGAUUAGGAAAACUACUUCUGAGUUGAUGAGAGUUAAACAGAGGGAUGGAGAAUCUCUGAAGAACUAUAUGAGCAGGUUUAAUGAUGCAGUUUUAGAGGUUAGUUCUUUUGAUCAAGCUGUGGGAAUUGCCGCUGUGAUCGCUGGUCUCAAGCAUGACAGGUUCAGGGACAGUUUGAUUAAACAUGCUGCCAUCACCUUUAGCGAGGUGAAUGAUAGGUCUCUCAAGUUUAUAACCGCUGAGGAGUAUGCCCUGGCGCAAAAUCCACCCCCCUCUAAGAACCAGAACCCAGAAUGGAGGGAUGACAAUUCGAGCCGGAAAAGGAUGAGGAUGGCACAGAACCGAGGUCCGAUGUUGACCUCCCCACCGAGAUUCGGAAGGACGAACUCAACACCCCCGCAGCAAUAUGCAGACCACGGCCAUACUACAGAGCAGUGCAACAGCUUAAAGUUCGAACUGGAAAGUUUAGCUCAGAAGGGAAUGCUGAAUGAGUAUGUGCAGAGAACUGAACAGCCACGGUUUGUCAGAGAGCAGAGGCCGCAACCUCAAGGAGUCCGCAAUCCCCCGAAUAGACAAGGCGUGGGAUAUCAGCAAGCGCCACCUCCGCUCCCACCACCGGCUAGAAUCAUACAUAUGAUUACGGGAGGCCUUGAAGCAGGAGGACUGAGCUCUAAACAGCGAAAGCUGUAUGUCAGAGAGGUUAAGCAUCAGAACCGAGCUCAGAAACGGAAAAUUGAUGAUGCUGAAUGGAAGAAUCAACCCAUUACUUUCACAACUGCUGACCUCGACACAGUUGUUACACCCCACAAUGAUCCCCUGGUCACUUCUGUCAUCAUCAAUAACUGUGAAGUGCAACGUGUCCUUGUUGACACCGGGAGUGCACCAGACAUCAUGUAUUUUCACUGUUUCGAGAGUCUGGGACUGGAUCCAGCAUUGUUGCAGAAGUAUGAUGGUCCUAUCUAUGGUUUCAACAACCAACCUGUUCCUGUAGAAGGAGUUCUUACCCUCCAUGUGGCUUUUGGAAGUGGUCGGACCUAUGUAGCCCCUCCAGUUCGGUUCCUCGUCGUCAAGAUGGCCUCUUCUUUUAACAUUGUUAUUGGCCGACCCACAUUGACCGAGAUCCGAGCUGUGGUUUCCCAAUCUCACCUCUGCAUGAAGUUCCCCACACCUAUGGGAAUAGCAACACUGAGAGGAAAUCAGGAGGUGGCCAGACACUGUUAUAUCACCUCGGUAACACAACCAAAGAAGGGUAAAGAUAAGACACCUGAGGUCAUUCCCCAGCAGAUUCCUGAUAAUCAGCAGGUAAUGGGUGUAGAGAUCAUUGAUAAUCGACCGGAUGAUGAAACCAGAGCUGCUCCGGUUGAAGAUGUUGAAGAAGUGCUGGUUGAUGACAGAGAUCCGAGCCGAAAAACGCAGAUCGGAACUCGAUUGAACCCAGAAGAGAGAGCAGAACUGAUUGCUUUUCUCCGAGCUAACAAUGAUGUAUUUGCAUGGACUUCGGCGGAUAUGCCAGGAAUUCCAACUUCAGUAUGUCAACAUAAGCUCAGUACCAACCCAUUGAAGAAACCAGUGGCCCAGAAGCGGCGUCUCUUGGGGGGGGAGAGGCUUCAGGCUGUUAAAGAAGAGGUGGAGAAGCUCUUACAGGCUGGUUUUGUCAGGAAAGUUGAUUACUGCGAAUGGGUGGCUAACCCAGUUCUGGUGAAGAAGGCAAAUGGCAAAUGGCGAAUGUGUAUUGAUUACACAAAUCUUAACAACGCCUGCCCUAAGGAUUGCUAUCCGCUGCCGAGCAUUGAUAAAUUAGUUGAAGCAGCUUCAGGCAACGAGAGGUUAAGCCUCCUGGAUGCAUACUCUGGGUAUCACCAGGUGCCAAUGGCUCCAGAAGAUGAAGAGAAGACCUCAUUCUAUGCUGGCGACGAGAUCUAUUGUUACGUCAUGAUGCCAUUCGGAUUAAAGAAUGCAGGUGCUACUUACCAGAAAAUGGUGACCAUAGUCUUCCGAGCUCAGAUUGGCAAGAAUCUGGAGGUGUAUGUGGACGACAUUGUGGUAAAGAGUCUGAAGGCAGAAAACCAUCUAGCCGACCUCGACGAAACCUUUAACAACCUCAGAAAGAACCGGAUGCGGUUAAACCCAGCCAAAUGUAUCUUUGGAGUAGAAUCUGGAAAGUUUCUAGGUUUCAUGGUAUCCCGAAGAGGGAUCGAGGUCAAUCCAGAAAAAAUCAAAGCAAUUGCCGAGAUGGAACCACCGAAGUCAAUUAAAGAUAUACAGAGAUUGACUGGAAGGGUGGUAGCUCUGCAUCGAUUUAUCUCCAGGUCGACUAUCCGAGCUCAAGCACUAGCAGAUUUCAUUGUCGAAUGCACUCCGUGUCCCUCCACCUCCACUCCAGAACCCAACGAAUGGACCUUAUAUGUUAACGGAGCCUCUAGUAGCAAGGGUUCAGGGGCUGGUGCUCUCUUGAUUGGCCCAGAAGGAUACCGAAGUGAACAUGCCCUAAAAUUCAACUUUGAUGCGACAAAUAAUAUGGCUGAGUAUGAAGCUCUGCUACUGGGCCUACAACUAGCAUUAGAGUUGAAGAUCAGUGCAAUUCAAGUGUACAGUGACUCCCAGCUGGUGGUGAACCAAAUCAACUCUAUUUGUGAAGUCGUUGAUCCUGUGAUGGUGAAGUACGUAGCUUUGGUGGCCGAACUGAGGUGCAAAUUUCAGAAAUUCUGUCUGAGUAAAAUCCCUCGAACUGAGAAUGAACAAGCAGAUUCACUUUCCAAGUUUGCCUCUGAUAGCUCUUUAAGCUCCAGAUCUGUUUUUGUAGAGGUCUUAGAUGAACCAAGCUUCAUGAAGCCUCGUAUGAUGGAGAUUAGCACAGACCCUGACACGCCGAGCUGGACUGAUUCGAUAGUCUCCUUUUUACGAGAUGGGAUCGUACCUAAGAACAGGCAGGAGGCAAUGAAAUUGAGGAAGAAAGCAUCUCGAUAUACACUCGUUGAUGGGGUCCUGUAUAAGAGAUCUUUCUCACUUCCUCUUCUACGGUGUUUAAGCCCUUAUGAAUCUGAAUAUGCACUUCGGGAGGUACACGAAGGUGUCUGUGGAAGCCAUGUUGGUGCUAGGACUCUGGCUCACAAAGUCUUACGGCAAGGAUAUUACUGGCCAAACAUGUACAAAGACGCCACUUGCUUUGUCCAAAAAUGCCCGAAAUGCCCGUUUGUGAAAGGGGUUGGUGGUGUAACUCAUCUGAUUGUUGGUGUGGAUUAUUUCACGAAGUGGGUUGAAGCUCGGCCUCUAUCUAGUCUUACCUCCAAGAAGGUCGAAGAUUUUGUUUUCGGCUCGAUCAUCUGCAGAUACGGGAUCCCAAAUCAGAUCGUCGCUGAUAAUGGAACUCAGUUCAAUUGCUCCUCAUUUCGAGAUUUCUGCUCCAGUUAUGGGAUCAAGUUACAAUUCACCUCCGUUUACCAUCCAGAGUCCAAUGGCAUGGUUGAAUCUGUUAACAAGUGCAUCCUAGAAGGUAUAAGGCCGAGAUUGGAGCAGCAUAAGGCUAAGUGGGCAGACGAGCUCAACAACGUCCUCUGGGCAUACAGAACCACGAGCCGAACUGCCACAGGUGAAACACCCUACCACUUGGCCUUUGGUACCGAAGCAGUCAUUCCUGUUGAGAUAGGAGUCCCAAGCUUCCGGGUCACCCAUUUCGAUGAAGAACGAAAUGGACAACUGCUUCGGGAAAACCUUGACCUGCUUGCUGAAGUCAGAGAAGAAACUCGGCUUCGAACUCUUGUAUACAAGCAGAAACUAGCCAACUUCUACAACAAACGAGUCCGCCCUCGAACAUUCAAAAUAGGAGACCUUGUUCUCAGAAAAGCUGGCCUAACGGGGUUCGAAACUCGUUUUGGCAAACUUGCCCCAAAUUGGGAAGGCCCCUAUGCCGUGGCCGAGGUGCCACAUCCUGGUGCUUAUAUUCUCCAAGACGCUGAAGGAAAGAGAGUUCCUAGAGUCUGGAAUGAACGGUGGACACCCGUGCAUCUGAAUACCUCUCAAAUUCCCGGUCCCGAAAUUGUCGUCCGGAUAGACACGUCAGGCUCCGACUAUCUUGCUUGGCAUGCCACGUGGGUUCCUCAUGGGAUCCUAUAAAUACCCCCUCCGGGCCAUGUCAAAAGGUAAUUGAAACCAACCCUAAGCUUUUUUUAUCUCCGCCCUAAAUGUAGCCCCGAUUAUUGCUGACUUAAGCAUCGGAGUGUCUACCCCGAGUUCCACCUCGGGGCUUUGCAGGUCAUUCCGAAGUGCGAGUGCGGACUGAAGAAAGACUUCUGGUUUGG